CCCUCGAAAAAAAUAACAUGGAAAAAUCUAUUUUUAAACCGAUUUAAAAAUAGAUUCGCUGUUUAUUUGCAUUCUUGGGGCUACGAUAACAAAAUGAGAGAGAUUUAACUUGUUUUAAUUACGUUUUCGGGUAAUUGGGCGGUGCCAUAACCUCACUUUUUAUUCUCACGCGAGGACCCCUAAAUAUGUAUGUUUGACGAUUUUACUUAUCAAAUGUAAUUAAAAUGUCUGCACGAUUCAUAAACAAACAAUGUGGUCGACGGCUUUUAUUCGGUUUAUUCGACGACGCGUAAUCCUAGGCCUAAUUCUCACCGUUUCCCUAUUGUACUGCAUUCUAAGUUAUGUGAGCAAGGGUGACUUCCUCGACACUGACGAGGUGGUGCCAAUCCGGCGCACCCAACCCUUCAUUUGGCGCACCCUCCAGCAACACAAUUCCACGUCAAAUGAUGCCGAAACAUGCCGCAAUUCCAUACAAGGCAAAGUCUUAAUAGUCGACGACAGGGGCUUCGUGUGCCCCCGACAUGAAAUUUUGCAUUCAGGGUGUUGUAAUGACACCCCACAGACCAGUCCUCAGUAUUCCUGCGACACUUGCAAGAGUAACAAUUGCUGCGCUAUUUACGAAUUCUGCAUAUCCUGCUGUUUACACCCUGAUAAAAAAGAAAUGUUGGAAAACCUACUAGGGAAAGCAACUGAGCAAAACAACGUUCUAUUCGCGUCAGUUACUGACCAUUUCGAGCUGUGUUUAGCCAAAUGUCGGACCAAUUCCCAAAGUGUGCAACACGAGAAUUCGUACAAAGACCCCAAAGCUAAACACUGCUAUGGGGAGCUGGCCCCGGGCACUCACAGCAUUGAAAACGAAGUUUAGUUCUACUAAUACACCGGCUUUGUAUUAUUUGUGAUAACUAUUAUGAUUAAUAAAGAUUUUAUUUCCAUUA